AUAAACAAGGAAAGUGAUGCUUUAGGAGUAGCAAAUUAUCAUUCUCUAAUUUUUUUCUCAUUAGACACAAACAUUUGAAGUUAUAUAUAAGCCAACUCAAACAUCACAGAGAAAACCCCCAGUCCACAAACAUGUCUGCUUAUCUUUUCACUACAAUCCUCAUGAUCUUGACUUUCUUUUCCCCCAUUUCUACAACAGCCAAAUAUAGACAUAGCACCCCUUGCAGUGAGGACUUCAAUGCAUCCCUCCCAAAAAGCUUCACAAACUGCAACAAGCUAAACACUUUGGGAGCCCAAUUCGGCUGGAGAAUCCACAGCAACGAGUCGGUGAUCGACAUUUGCGUCGGAGCCAUGAUAGAGACUGAUGAGGGGUGGCUAGCUUGGGGGGUGAACCCACAAGCCGAGUCACAGAUGGCUGGGACUCGAGCCAUCAUUGGGUUCAAAAAACCAGAUAGGAAGCCUUCUUGGAACACGUACAAUGUCACCUCGGAAACCAAGCUGGGUUGUCGACUCAUGCCUUCAAAGAUCGUAGACAUUGAUUUUGGAAAUGUGAAAUUUGAGUAUUUGAAUCAAAUCAAUUACUACAGAAUAUGUGCGACGGUGGGGCUUUCGUCGGAAUACAAUGUGUCGAGGUUGAACCAUGUGUGGCAAGUUGGGUUUAAGAGCAUUGGAAUGGAAGUUAUGGAACCUCUGAAGCAUAAGAACCCUCUGCCAAACAUGGACAGCACGGAGACGAUCAACUUGAGGGUUGGGACUAGCAAAAUCAACGCUGGACCUCACCGACAUCGCAUGAGAAUGGCACAUGGAGUAUUGAACAUGAUAGGGUGGGGAACGUUGUUACCGUUGGGGGUGAUAAUAGCAAGGUACUUUAAUAAAUACCCAUUACCAUACAAACAUUGGAUUCGGCUUCAUAUCACUUGCCAGAUCACCGGUUAUACUGUUGGCACUAUCGGCUGGGGUAUUGGUUUAUGGCUUGGCUAUGCUUCCAAACACUUCAACUUUCCCAUUCACGGCCUCAUAGCUCAUUUCAUUUUUGCAUUUACAACCUUACAGAUGUUAGCAUUGCGAUUGAAGCCCCAUUCGAACGACGACUACCGAAUAUACUGGAGCAUAUACCACCAUUUUCUGGGCUACUCUUUGCUGGCUCUCAUCGUAGUAAACAUAUUUAGAGGGAUUGGGAUCUUCUCGCCAAACCAGACCUGGAGAUGGGCUUAUAUUGGAGUGCUUUGUGGUCUAGGCUUCAUCACUCUAGUUUUCGAGAUCUUCACCUGGAUUAAAUUUUUGAAAGACCGAAAGGAAAAGAAUCCAGGGGAGAACGACGAAGGGCAGCAAAAGAAGAACACUCAAAUGUGAUUCAAUCAGCAUAACACUCAAGUGUGAUUCAAUCAGCGGCUAAUUAUGAACUUGUUCAAUCGUGUUCACAUUAUCUUCCUCCAAUAAAAGAUUGUGAAUUAGAGUUUAGUGUGAUGUACACUGCAUUAAGUUUGAAUCGAUAUCAAAUAUUUUAUUUUUAAGAUACUUUUUUUGAAUGGGUAAAAUUCGAUGAUGAUGUAAUGUUGGUUGUUGGAGCAAUGGAUGAAGUAAAUAAAAUUGUAGUUUCACUUCUAUUUGAUGA